CAAAAACAAAGGAGUUUUGGAAAGAAUUUUCAGUUUUUAUUUUAAUUUUGAAUCAAUUUUUUUGCAAAAAAUGUCCGACAAACUCUCCGACAAAGAAUCCCAACUUUGCAAGACUAUUCGUCAGCAUUUUCAAAGUCAAGGUGUAUUGGAUGAUAUCAAAUGUCAAUUGCAACAUCGUUUAGUUGAAAUGAUGCGUGGUAAUGGUGAUAAAGCUGAUUGUCAUGAGAGAAGACAAAAACCCAAUGGAGACGACGACGAGAAUAAUAAGGAACAAGAUACAAGGACUAUAUUAGUGAAUCAGUUAAUUAUGGAGUAUCUGCAUUGGCAUCAGUUUAAUUAUUCGGCAGAAAUGUUUGCCAUGGAAACGCAAAUGGAAAGUUGUAAUCCGAAUAGGAAAUUACUGGAGGCUGCUUUGGGACAAUUUUCAGAGAAGGAAAUACCAAUUUUGUUGGAAAUUGUUUUGAAUCUUUGGAAGGAAGCUCAAGAAGGAACUACAGCAGCAUGAUGAUCUGCUAAGUUUGAUGGUUUUUUGGAUUUUGGGCAAAAAACAAAUCAAAUAAUCCAAGUGUUUGAGUUUUCAAAUUCUACUAAAUUGUUCUUGAAAACACUAAAGAUUUUUAAAAGAAUAAAAUACCACUUUAACAUGCUGCAGAUAUCAA